UCCACCGUUAAAAAUAAAAAUAUCCAAUCCUACCGGAAAAAUAACUAUUUUUAAGUUUCCAAAUAAAAGAGGGUAUUUAUGCAACCCCGACACGUUCCCCCUGUGAUCUCCUCGUCCGGUCCCGAGCCGUCCUCCUCUCUCGCCGCCGGGCUCUUUGAUCGAAGGGCUUUUUUCUCUUCUAGAUCUUUUGAGGAAUUGCAGUAUAAGUGGUGGAUGGCUGUUGCCGCUCCCGGGCAGUUGAAUCUUGAAGAGCCCCCCUCGUGGGGGUCUCGGAGCGUCGACUGCUUCGAGAAAUUGGAGCAGAUUGGGGAAGGCACAUACGGGCAGGUAUACAUGGCAAGAGAAAUAAAAACGGGGGAAAUAGUGGCCCUGAAGAAAAUUAGAAUGGACAAUGAAAGAGAAGGGUUCCCUAUAACAGCCAUACGUGAAAUCAAAAUUCUGAAGAAGCUGCAUCAUGAUAAUGUUCUCCAAUUGAAAGAGAUUGUGACCUCUCCAGGUCCUGAAAAGGAUGAACAAGGAAAGCCAGAUGGUAACAAGUAUAAAGGAAGCAUCUAUAUGGUUUUUGAGUACAUGGAUCAUGAUUUGACUGGUUUAGCAGAUCGUCCCGGGAUGAGAUUCACAGUACCCCAAAUUAAGUGCUACAUGAGGCAGCUGCUAACAGGUCUUCAUUAUUGUCAUGUCAAUCAAGUGCUCCAUCGUGAUAUUAAAGGUUCUAAUCUUUUAAUUGAUAAUGAGGGAAAUCUAAAGCUUGCUGAUUUUGGCCUUGCACGAUCAUUCUCCAGUGAUCACAAUGGAAAUCUAACAAAUCGUGUGAUCACUUUAUGGUAUAGGCCUCCAGAGUUGCUGCUUGGAGCUACAAAGUAUGGUCCAGCUGUUGACAUGUGGUCUGUUGGUUGUAUCUUUGCAGAACUUCUGUAUGGAAAACCAAUCUUGCCAGGAAAGAAUGAGCCAGAGCAACUAACUAAGAUAUUUGAACUGUGUGGAACUCCGGAUGAGGUCAACUGGCCUGGUGUUUCUAAAAUUCCCUGGUAUAACAAUUUUAAGCCUUCACGGCCAAUAAAAAGACGUCUCAGGGAGGUGUUCAAGCUUUUUGACCGGCAUGCUUUGGAAUUGCUAGAGAGAAUGUUAACAUUGGAUCCAUCCCAGAGGAUUUCCGCAAAAGAUGCACUAGAUGCAGAGUACUUUUGGAAUGAUCCCCUACCUUGUGAUCCUAAAAGCUUACCUAAGUAUGAGUCCUCGCAUGAGUUUCAGACAAAGAAGAAGCGUCAACAGCUACGGCAGCAAGAGGAAACAGCAAAACGACAGAAAAUACAGCAUCCUCAACCACAUGCCCGUCUACCACCCAUCCAGCAAACUGGGCAACCCCAUCCUCAGAUCAGACCUGGCCCUGGCCAACCCAUUCACAAUGCACCGCCUUCCAUGGCUGCUGGCCCCAGCCAUCAUUAUGGCAAGCCACGUGGACCUUCUGGAGGGCCUAGCAGAUAUCCACAGGGUGGAAAUCCCAGUGGUGGAUAUAACCCAAAUCGUGGUGGUCAAGGUGGUGGCUAUGGCAGCGGCCCAUAUCCCCAGCAAGGACGUGGACCUCCUCCUUAUGGCGGAAGUGGUAUGCCUGGCACUGGUGGUCCUAGAGGUGGCAGUGGCAGUGGUUAUGGAGUAGGUGCCACAAGUUACCCUCAAGGAGGUCCAUAUGGUGCUUCAGGUGCAGGCCGAGGCCCAAAUAUGAUGGGUGGAAAUCGAAGCCAGCAGCACCAGCAGCAGUAUGGUGGCUGGCAGUAGUAGAGUUGCAUACCUAUUUUUGUUUAGAUUUUCAGGAUUGUUGAUCUGGUAACUUGGAAGUAACCUGUUGGUCACGGUAAUUAUUGUUAGUAUGAAAGCUGAAUUAUGUUUUGAGCUACAAUUAGGAGUUAGGUAUUCUUCUUGACUGCUAUGUUAAUUACAUGAACAAAAUCAUUAAAUUUUAGUACAGAAUAAUGUGGUUACACUUUCAAAUA